CCAGAACGCAUCGUUUCCCCCUGCUAAUACGUCCCUGGUGUCCCUCCCCAGAACCCGGCUCCUCGGGUUUGUGCAGUCAUGAAAUCUCCAGGUACGACAUCCUUUCCUGUGCCGAGGAGCCUUCAGAAGGCUUAGCAGCUUCCUUUUUUUGCUGGAGCAGCCGUCUUCUAGUUUUCUAUCUUUCCAGCCCUCCUGUCUGAGACUCCAGCCACAGAUCUUUGCACCACAGAGCAUCAGUAGGAAAGCAUGCUCCUUUCCCACCUAGUCCCAGGACAGGCCUUGUUCACAACGGGGACUGAAUUCCUGUCCUGGAUGCAGUUUCAUUGCACAGGUCACAGUUGCACACCUGAGCACCAGACGCAGCUUCCCUUCUUAAAGGGAAGAUCCAGAGGCCGCUCUCCCGGCUUGGAUCUGGACCACCUUGGUGGGGAAAGACCUGGAGUGCUGCUUUCAUGAGCUCGUGACCCUCCAACACCAGGAUGUUCUGGAGCAGAAAAGACCCUGGUUAAAGCUUAUGGUACAUUCUCAAAGAGGAGCCUCGCCUGUUUUGUUUUGGUUUUUCUCUGCAUUUCCUCCCCCCACCAUACGGAUCCCCCUGAGACUUGACCCACUUGGACCUCUUGGCCUAGGAGCCCCUCAUUCCAGACAAAGAAGCUCUUUGCUGCAUCAGGCUUUUGUAGCCUCCAGGCUCCUUUGCUUCUGAUCCUUAGUGGAGAGGCAGGACGUGUCUGACAGGUGUUAGCCCUUCCACGUGAGAUGCAUGCAUAACAGCCUGGAGAGCCAGGUAACCAGGGAAAAACCUUCCUGUCCUCCUUUGCUGGCACGGCUGCUUCAGAGCACACGGGGAAGGCUGUCACUGCGGGAUCUGUGCGCCCAGCUUUUGCCCCAUCUGAGAUUCGGUUUCCACAUUGGGAACCAACGCAACAAGGUGGCUGGGGGUGGGGCCGAGGUCGCUGGGAGCCGAUCUCCCAGCUGGCACACAUGCAGGGGCAGGAAAUGACUCCUUUUGACUUUUGGGAGUGCUGCGGUGAGCUGGGAUGUCACGGAACACUCUGGGACAUGAUAGGAGCAUAGCAGGAUGAUUAACCUCCCUGGGGAGAGCUGCAGAAUUGCUUCAUUGUGCUCCAAAGUGGAGCAGAUAACGUUCACACUGCAGGUUCCCCCCGAACACGGGGAUAUGGAGGUUCUGCUGCCUCUUUCACAGAUUCACAGGAGUUUAGGGCUGGAAGGGACCUUGUGAGCUCAUUGGGAGCAGCUGCCUUCAAUGAUGGAGUAGCAUCUCGUGUCCUUUUUGCCUCUUCUUCCUUCCCCCUGCCCCCCCCAGCAGUCCUGCUCAUCCCACUAUUCCUAGCAAUGACAGCGCUCCAAAUGCCAUGUCUGGAAAGGGAGGGAAGUCUUGGUGUACAGGCACAUACAAGAGUCUCUCUUUGAAGCCCACAAUGAAGUAGGGAAACCCCUCUUUUUCCAGAAUGGAUUUGGGCACAGAAACUGCCGAGGCAACGGCCAGGCUGGGAUGGGGAGGUGUCUCACAGUCGCGCUGCUUUUAUUUUUUUUUCUUUCUUUUUUUAAAGAACUGUUUAAAACGGGUCUGAAAACCCUGGUUUUAUUUCAGUCCAGCUCCUUGAUUCACUGACCCCUUAAAAUCACCCAAGCCAAGGAGAAAACAGACCAAAGAGGAAAGAAAAACAGAAGCGUUUGUUUUGCCCAUGCUAGCAUUUUCCCUGAGACUUGGGGGAGAAGGGAAAAACGAUCUCUGCCCUGGCUUAUUGCAUAGCUAGGUCCCCACACAGACUUUUUUUUUUUUUCCCCUUCCUAUCCCAAGAAAAACGGAGCCAUCGAGGAGCUCAGCUUUGUUUACAGUGUAUCUGUGGUUGGAUUACACCACAUACAGUAAUUCUCAUUGCAUUGCCAGUAAUUUCACUGACUUACCAAGCAGGCAUCAUUUCCUGAAAAUCAGCUCCCGUACUUAGAGGAAGUAAGAGCACUCUCCUUCAUGACUAAACACUAUAUGCAAAUUUCUACAGGCUUAGGACAGAAGCGUUGUAUGGACUGGCUUUUUUCUUCUCCAUUUUCGCUCCUUGCUUUGGCAUGUGAAUUUUUUUUUCCCAAUACCUCGAUGAGAUCUUUCUCUAGCCAUUGCUGCUGCUGUCAUGAAUAAGGAUUUUUCUCCAUUGUGUACUGGAAAAGAUUGCCUGCCUACCUGGCCUGAGUCCUGCUCUUCCUGCAACGACUUGAAUGCAGUUUUAAAAUGUCCCAAAUGCAAUUUUGGCUUAAGUUCCCCGCUCUCUACAAGGACACUUACAUCGAUGACUCCAUCUUCUCCUCCCCCGCGGACUCCCUCUCCAGCAUCGCUGAUUCUAAGGAUUUCCUGCCUGCUGACAGCCUGAACCAAGUGCCAACGCUAUGGGAUGUUAACACAACACCACAGAACCAAAUAGAGCUGUACUCUCCUGGCAGACCAUUCGUGGGCUUAGACAGCUUGAGUGACCAAGUUCCUGCUGUCCCGAACACCCCGCUCCUCGUAAGCUAUCAGUCGCAGACUCAGGCGGAGGAGGAUGACGAAGGGGAAGAGGAAGAAGCAGAGGAGCUGGGGCACACGGAGACCUACGCGGAUUACGUCCCUUCGAAGUCCAAGCUCGGGAAACACCACCCCGACCGGGUGGUGGAGACGAGCACGCUGUCCAGCGUCCCUCCGCCUGACAUCACCUACGCCCUUUCCCUUCCGAGCUCAGUUGCCGAAGAUGGGUCCCUCUCUGCACUACAGCUGGAGGCGAUUGUGUAUGCUUGCCAGCAACAUGAAGUUUUAUUACCCAACGGGCAACGAGCUGGAUUUCUCAUCGGGGAUGGGGCUGGAGUCGGAAAGGGCAGAACAGUUGCCGGGAUCAUCUUUGAAAAUUAUCUGAAGGGGAGGAAGAAGUCCCUGUGGUUCAGUGUCUCCAACGAUCUCAAGUAUGAUGCAGAGAGAGACCUGAAGGACAUUAAUGCCCCCAACAUUCCGGUGCAUGCUUUAAACAAGAUUAAAUACGGUGACACAGCUACCUCAGAGGGAGUCCUAUUUGCCACUUACCCUGCUUUGAUCGGUGAAAGCCAAGCGGGCGGACAGCACAGAACACGAUUAAAGCAGAUUAUGGACUGGUGCGGGGAGAACUUCGACGGAGUUAUCGUAUUCGAUGAAUGCCACAAAGCCAAAAAUGCUAGUUCCACUAAAAUUGGCAAAGCAGUGUUGGACCUUCAAAACAAACUGCCUCUAUCCAGGGUCGUCUAUGCCAGUGCCACAGGUGCCUCCGAGCCAAAAAACAUGAUAUACAUGAGCCGCCUGGGGAUCUGGGGAGAGGGCACCCCCUUCCGUUCGUUUGAUGAGUUCCUGCAUGCGAUUGAAAAGAGGGGCGUUGGUGCAAUGGAAAUCGUGGCGAUGGACAUGAAAGUGAGUGGAAUGUACAUCGCCAGGCAGCUCAGUUUCUCUGGAGUCACUUUCAGGAUAGAGGAAAUCCCGCUGGAUCAGCAGUACAAGCUUGUCUACAACAAAGCAGCACAGCUGUGGGCAGAGGCAUUGAUGGUGUUCCAGCAGGCUGCCGACUGGAUUGGCCUGGAGUCUCGGAAGUCCUUGUGGGGUCAGUUCUGGUCUGCUCACCAGCGUUUCUUCAAGUAUCUCUGUAUCGCUGCUAAAGUCCGGCGCCUUGUUGAGCUCGCCAAGGAGGAGCUGGCAAAGGACAAGUGCAUCGUCAUUGGGCUGCAGUCCACCGGCGAAGCGCGCACCAGGGAAGUCUUGGACGAGAACGACGGGCACCUAAACUGCUUUGUCUCUGCUGCAGAAGGCGUCUUUCUAUCACUAAUUCAGAAGCACUUUCCUUCAACCAAAAGAAAGAGAGAAAAAGGAACUGGCAUUAAAAGAAAACGGAAGCAGAGAGGCCGCUGUGCUAAGGCCCUGCGGGGCAGCUACGACCCCUCCAGCGUGAUCAAGAUCAGCGAUGACAGUAGCACUGACUCGGAUGUGGGGCUGGACAGCGACUUCAACUCCUCCCCGGAGUCCGUGGUCGACAAUGACGAUGUCAUCUUUGUCGAGCACACCUACAACGGCUUUGCCUCCGAGGACAGAGGCAGUUUGCACUUGCCAACUUCCCAAAAGGACCUGCACAGCCUGGGAGUGAUCGAGCACGUGGAGAAGAUGAAGCAGGACCUCCUAGCAAAAGUAAAAGCACUGGGCAAAGAGCUACCUCUCAAUACCUUGGAUGAAUUGAUCAAUCACUUUGGAGGCCCGGACCACGUGGCAGAGAUGACGGGCAGGAAGGGCCGGGUGGUGUGCAGGUCAGACGGCUCGGUCGUGUUCGAGUCCCGGGCAGAGCAGGGCCUCUCCAUAGACCACGUCAAUCUGAAGGAGAAGGAACGUUUUAUGAAUGGGGACAAGCUUGUAGCAAUAAUCUCCGAGGCCUCCAGCUCAGGUAUCUCCCUCCAAGCAGAUAGGCGAGUGAAGAACCAGAAGCGUCGGGUCCACAUGACACUGGAAUUGCCCUGGAGCGCAGAUCGAGCCAUCCAGCAAUUCGGUCGAACACACCGAUCGAACCAGGUCUCUGCCCCAGAGUAUGUCUUCCUGAUCUCCGAGCUGGCAGGGGAAAGGAGGUUCGCAUCCAUCGUUGCCAAGCGCUUGGAGAGCCUAGGUGCCUUAACUCACGGAGACCGAAGAGCCACUGAAUCCAGGGACCUCAGCAAGUACAACUUUGAGAACAAGUACGGGGCAAGAGCACUGGACAGAGUCCUCACCACCAUCCUCACUCAUGGCGAGAGCAAGGUGCCCGUGCCCAAGUACUAUCCCGGUGGAGAGGCUGCGUUUUUCCAUGAAAUGAAGCAAGGUCUUGUCUCUGUUGGGAUCUGCUGCAGGGAGAUGAAGUACGGCUCCAUCUCCGUGGAGAAGGACUGCUCCAUCACCAAGUUCCUGAACCGCAUCCUGGGCCUGGAGGUGCACAAGCAGAACAUGCUCUUCCAGUACUUCUCCGAUACCUUCGACUACCUGAUUGAGAAGGACAAGAAGGAGGGCAGAUACGACAUGGGCAUCCUCGACUUGGCCCCGGGAGUGGAUGAGAUCUACGAGGAGAGCAAGGAGAUGUUCCUGACCCCCGGGCACCCCCAGGACGGCCAGGUCGUGUUCUACAAGAUCAGCGUCGACAGGGGCAUGAAGUGGGAGGACGCAUAUGAGAAAUCUCUCAAACUGACAGGAACCCAUGAUGGCUUCUACCUCUCCUACAAGGCCCGGGGCUCCAAGUACACGUGUCUGCUGGCGGAGCAGAACCGUGGCAAGAACUUCCUCCUCUACAAGCCCAACAUCGGGAAGCAGAGCCAAGCCGAAAGCCUCGACAGCCUCCUCAAGAAGUACCGGCGGGUGUCACCCGAAGAGGCCAAGGAGCACUGGGAGAGCAACUACCUGUUCUCCCUCACCAAGUGCAACCACGCCAUCUGGAAUCGCAACUGCAAACUGAUCCAGGAGGGCAAGGAGUGCUUCCAGGGCAUGCGUCUGCGCCACUAUUACAUGCUGUGCGGUGCCCUGCUGCGGGUCUGGAGCAAGAUCGCCAGCAUCAUGGCAGACAUCACCAACACCAGCUACCUGCAGAUCGUCCGCCUUAAGACCAAGGAGAAGAAGAAGCAAGUGGGGAUAAAGAUCCCCGAGAGCUGCGUGUACAAGGUGCGGGAGGAGCUGAAGCAGAUGCACGAGAACGUGAAGCGGAAGCAGGACCAGCGGCUGCUGCUGGCGCAGGACAGGGGGCUGCCCUAUGGCCUGCCCCAGCACCUCCUGUCCCCGCUGCUGGACCUCACCCAGGUCCCACCCCCCCUGCCCAGACACUCCCUCAGCCAGAACGAGAUCCUGGACUUGACCUACAGCCCCCCCAGCAACAGCCUUCCCGACGUGGCGCCGAACCCGGACCCAGGCGCCCUGCACUUCCCUGCCGAGCCGGGCCUGACACCGCCCCAGCAGCACAGGCUGCACUACGGCUUCGGCCUGGCCCCGGCCUACGAGAGCCCUGCCAUGCCCAUGCUGCCAGGGUGCCCUGGGCCCCUCCACCCCACCCUGCACGAACACUUGCCCCUGGCCGCCCCAGACCACCUGCAGGCCCCGCCACUGCCACAGGACAACUUCACCCAGCCGGACGCCAACAUCAACUUCAAGGAGAUCCUGGAGGAGAUGCUGCGGACGCUGUCGGUGGCUCCCCAGGAUGGCUCCCUCUCGCAGGAGCGCCAGAGCGUUAUCCAGUUCAGCGGGCCCUAUGGUGACCCUUGAGCCACCGGUGCCUGGUGCCUGCACAUCCAGUGUCCUUUGCUGGGAGUGGGGGGAGCCCCGGCCUCAGCCUGGAACACCCCGCAGGCAGGAGUGGGGCGGGAGGCUCUGGCUCCACAGAGCAGAGUUUGUUUAUGCACGAGGCAGCCGCCUGCAUGGAGACGGACAGAGGGAGCGAGCAGAGGAGCCCGCCUCGCGGUCAUCCUGCUCCAACAGUCCUGCUCAGGCACGACCCAGGAGGGCCACUGACAGACCCCGCCACCUUCCUGCAGACUACUGAGCUGCUGUCACCCCACUCACCAGGCAGGGAAGCAAGCCAGUGACCAGCCCCUGUUGCCAGCCGUCCCGGGCAGGUUCUGUCAGGUCAGCUGGAGUCAGCCUUUAUUUCAGGCGCUUGCUGCGGCUCUGGAGGGGACGGGGCGGGCACUGGGCCCAGUCCAGAGGCAGGGACGGGGAAGGUCGAGAGACCCCCGAGUGUGGAGCCCCUGAGCGAGCGUGCCUGUCUGCAGAGGACUGCACGGGGGCCGCAUUAAACUGACGACUCCCAGUGCGCUGUGCUCCCCCCAGCCCAGUCUGACAGCCCCUCACCGGCAGGGACCUGACAGCCGCUGGGGGUGCGGGCAGUGUCCCAGCCCGGUGGGGUGCCCCCAUUCUGUACUGCUGGGACCCCGUUAUCAGUAUUCUGCCAGCCAGCCGCAGAGGGGCCGCGGGUCCCAUCCCUGUCCCUACCCCUGGGCACACUGAGGGCUUGGCAAGGUCACGUUCCCCUGGACCCCCCCUCGUUACUUGUACAGCCUGUCGCCCACCAGCUCGAGCAUCCCGUCCUGCCAGGCAGGCAGGGAGAGCAGCCCCGACUCCAGGAGCACAAGGAGUCUGGAUCUCCGUGUCUGGAUCUCCCUUUUCCAGCACAGCCUACGCUGGUUGUGCCUGGGAGAGGUCGGGGGCCAGCGAGGCAGAGGCAGAGCCAGGCAGCAGCGCCGUCCACGCUGAGCGGCUACAGCAGGUGCCAGCUUCAGUACCAAAGAGCGAGCUCCUGCUUAGCAGAGAAUAUCCAUCCCCAUCCUCAUCUGCCCCCCUCCCCCCAGACCUGCAGGUGCCUCAGUUUCCCAUCGUGUCCCAUGGGGAUAACACUCCCCACCUGCACCAAGCAUUUUGGAACGUGUUUCACUGCAGUGUUGCUGCUUCCUGCCUGGGGCGGGGGAGCCGCCUUCUCCCCUUCCCUCCCCCAGCACAUGCAGCCCUUCCAGAGAGAUGCCCACCUUGGCCUGUACUGUCCCUCCUGCAGGCCCCGGUGCUGGCCAGGAAGGAGGAAGGGCUUUCUCCUGAUCCGAUCGUGGCAGCCUCUGGACUUUGCUGUGCUGGGCAGGCUGGCUGGCCUUGCUGACACCCGCUUUCCCUGGGGCUGGGGGCUUUGAUCAGAACUGCAGGCAACCCCCUUACCUUGCACGAGCACCAAAGAGUAGAAAAACCGUCCCCCUCCCUCCCCCAGAAGCAGAAGCCCAAAGUGCGACAGGCGAGGGGCACUCCUGCCCGGCCCUCCCACCGUCUCCUGCCUGGCGUUCGGAUGCUUCUCUGUUCCCAAGGACGUGGUGACUCCGGACCCCUUUCCCAGGAGGGAAGAGAACAGCCUGUCCCAGGCCCUCCUGGAGCCAGGACCCACUGGUUCACUGGGGCUCUGUUUACAACCCUGCCUCCACCCGCGCCCGUUUAGGAGAUGCCCUAGAUUCGCAACACUCGGCCACAGCCUUGAAACCCCUUUUUCCCUCCGAGCUUCUGGGCCCUUAUUUAAUGUCACUUGUCUCAUCCAUUCGGGCACUUGUCGAACCCUCAGCAAAAGGAUAACACCCCCCACCCCCAACAAAACCCCAUUUCAAAGAGGCUUAAACUCAGGAAUAACCACCAGGUGCUCUGGUUCUGGUCACGCCUUCCCGGGGGAACCCCUGAAACCCAUUCCCUGGAGUUGUAUGUGGUGGUUUUGUUGCUGUUUUUGAUUUUAAGAUAUAUGCAAUUCUCCCCGCCCCAUCUCUGGAAACAACAGAGCACCUUCAGGCAAAUUCUUCCCCUCGCCCCCAAUCCUGUGUUUGCGUCAGGGUUUAAUAAUAUGUAACAAUAUCUUUUAACUAAAUUAUUAUGCUGUCCUACUGAUUGUAUGUAUUUUUUUAAAUAAGUCCCUUUUCCUCUCCCCCCCCUUCCUUUUUUGUUAGCACUUUUUAAUCUGCUUGUCGUUUGCCUGUUUUUUUUUCUAUGUGUAUUUAUAAUUAAUUGAGAUGUAUAUAUGUACAAAGAUUUUUUUAGAAUAUGUGCCUUUGACUAAUAAUUCCUAAAUUUUCUACUUGCCUCAGAAGGAUAAUUUUUUCAUUCUGCUCAGUAAAGCUGGAAAGGAA